ACAUAACAAUCAUUUAUUAUUCAUUGUAAAGUUUUCACACCGGUUUACAUCUCUUACAACAACCACAUUGUCAGUGUGACUGUAACGUCGCUUAGACUUAGACUUGUCGUCGCUCUGCUCGGACUUUCCGUCGAUUCCUCUCUUGACUGAAUCCCUCUUCCCCUCCAUUAAUAACCUCCACACAAGUCAAUGUUACCAGUGAUUUGACGUCGAGCACAUGGCAAACGUGACCUUAUGCCUUUCGUUGGUCAAUGGUACAGACAUUCUGAACCAUCCAUUGACAGUGUGUCCAACGAAUAAUCGCAGUUACAGACUGCACCGUCGUGGCCCAAUUCCCAAUGGUGUCCGCGCUACUACUGGUCUUCUCACAUCGCACAGCAACCACCAAACCGUUACCCUUCCCAUGCCACACCCCACCCACACGCAAGGCGCCACUCCCUAGACCACUGCCAAAUGCCUGCGGGAUACCCAUAGCGCCCAACCAGCAUGCCACCUCUCGGUUCCACCCAAGCGCCCUUUACCCAUGUCAGGCCCCAUCAUCGAUCGCCAUUUGGCAGCGGCUAGCACACUUUGCUUGGUGGUCUCUUGUUCGUCACCAAAUAUCUCCCGCACAAGGGCAGGGUUGGACCGGAUGAUGUAUGGCGACCUAUUAGAUGAAGGGAGAAGGUUAGUGAGAGGUAUCGGCAGCAACAGAAGGAUCCAGAAAUGAUGGACAAGCGCCCCAUUCAUUCAAGGGAAAGAUGCAGGGUAUAUUAGGGAGUGGGGGAUUUGGCUUCAGAGGGUUUCCAUUGAGUAUCCGCUCAUACUUGUCUUGUAAUUAUGGUAGAAUAUGACAAUUCAAGAUCUCUAUUAAAAUAUCAAAA